GGCGGCGCCCUUUGUCUGCUCCGAGGUGCCGUCCCCGGCCUUCGUCCGGCAGUGAUGCGCCUCCCUCUGCGGCGGGGCCCGGGACAUGGCAGAGGAGGAAACUGAGGCAGACAGAGGUGAAGUGACUUGCCCAGGGUCACACAGCUAGUGAGUGCCUGAGGUGGGAUCCGAGCUCCGUCUUCCCGACUCCAGGCCCAGCGCUCGGCCCCCUGUGCCACCAGCUGCCUCUCUACACAUCCAUGGAUUUCCCGCAACAUAGCCAGCUGGUCCUGGAGCAGUUGAAUCAGCAGCGGCAGCUGGGCCUGCUGUGUGACUGCACCUUUGUGGUGGACGGAAUCAACUUUAAGGCCCACAAGGCCGUGCUGGCGGCUUGCAGUGAGUACUUCAAGAUGCUCUUUGUGGACCAAAAGGACGUGGUGCACCUGGACAUCAGUAACGCGGCAGGUCUGGGCCAGGUGCUGGAAUUCAUGUACACGGCCAAGCUGAGCCUGAGCCCUGAGAACGUGGAGGACGUGCUAGCUGUGGCGGGCUUCCUCCAGAUGCAGGACAUUGUCAGCGCCUGCAAUGCCCUCAAGUCUCUUCCCGGGUCCGCUUCCAGUGCCUCGGAGAAGCUAGAACCAGCGGAGCCCGACGGGGAGGAAAAGAAGGCCGAGGAGGAGAAGAAGGCCGCAGCCGCCGCCCUCAGCGAGCUGGACCGAGCACGACUCAGCGGGGAAAGGAAAGGCGAGCCGGGAGCCCGGACCCAGAGCGGCGGGGAUGGGCUUGGUGCAGAGAGCGAGAAGGAAGCCGAGUGCCAGGAGCCGGCGCCUGCAGAGACCGGACCCAGCCCUGUGGGUACACCUCUUGAGGUACUCCUGUCACAGAGAUCACUGCAAGAGGGGGAAGCUGAGAGCCAGAGAAGUGACACCGUUCACCCAAAUGACCCAGCAGAAAUGGAGGCUGAGCCAGUGAGGGAGGAUGAGGAACAGGAAGACAAGAGCCCAGAAGGAGCAGCCCUAGGGGAGACGAGCCCGGCCGAGGAGGGCGGGCCGCAGCUCGAGAACGGAGAUGCCCCCGAGGAGAACGAAGAAUCUGGAGGCACAGAUUCUGGGCAGGAGAACGCGGGGGAGGCUCGGGUCUUACGCUCGGGCACCUACAGCGACCGCACGGAGUCGAAGGCCUACGGCUCAGUCAUUCACAAGUGUGAGGACUGUGGGAAGGAGUUCACUCACACGGGAAACUUCAAGCGGCACAUCCGCAUCCACACCGGAGAGAAGCCCUUCUCGUGCCGGGAGUGUAACAAGGCCUUCUCUGACCCCGCGGCCUGCAAGGCCCAUGAGAAAACACACAGCCCCCUGAAGCCCUACGGCUGUGAGGAGUGCGGCAAGAGCUACCGGCUCAUCAGCCUGCUCAACCUGCACAAGAAGCGCCACACAGGGGAGGCCCGCUACCGCUGCGACGACUGCGGCAAGCUCUUCACCACCUCGGGCAACCUGAAGCGCCACCAGCUGGUGCACAGCGGGGAGAAGCCCUACCAGUGUGACUACUGCGGGCGCUCCUUCUCCGACCCCACCUCCAAGAUGCGCCACCUGGAGACCCACGACACCGACAAGGAGCACAAGUGCCCACACUGCGACAAGAAGUUCAACCAGGUGGGCAACCUGAAAGCGCAUCUAAAGAUCCACAUUGCUGACGGACCCCUGAAGUGCAGGGAGUGCGGCAAGCAGUUCACCACCUCAGGAAACCUGAAGCGGCACCUUCGCAUCCACAGUGGGGAGAAGCCUUAUGUCUGUGUCCAUUGUCAGAGGCAGUUUGCAGACCCGGGUGCCCUGCAGAGGCACGUGCGCAUCCACACAGGAGAGAAGCCGUGCCAGUGCCUCAUCUGCGGGAAGGCUUUCACUCAGGCCAGCUCCCUCAUUGCCCACGUGCGCCAACACACCGGCGAGAAGCCCUACGUCUGUGAGCGCUGCGGCAAAAGGUUUGUCCAGUCUAGCCAGCUGGCCAACCACAUCCGCCACCACGACAACAUCCGCCCGCACAAGUGCAGCGUGUGCAGCAAGGCCUUUGUCAAUGUGGGGGAUCUCUCGAAGCACAUCAUCAUCCACACGGGGGAAAAGCCCUUCCUCUGUGACAAGUGUGGACGCGGCUUCAACCGUGUGGACAACCUUCGCUCCCACGUGAAGACGGUUCACCAGGGCAAGGCGGGCAUCAAGAUUGUGGAGCCGGACGAGGGGGACGAGGUCAAUAUCGUCACCGUGGCCUCGGAUGACAUGGUCACCCUGGCCACGGAGGCCCUGGCCGCCACGGCCGUCACCCAGCUCACAGUGGUGCCUGUUGGGGCCGCAGUGACGGCGGAUGAGACGGAAGCCCUGAAAGCUGAGAUCACCAAAGCCGUGAAGCAGGUGCAGGAAGCAGACCCAAACACCCAGAUCCUCUACGCCUGCGACUCGUGCGGUGAGAAGUUCCUGGACGCCAACAGCUUGGCCCAGCACGUCCGGAUCCACACGGCCCAGGCCCUGGUCAUGUUCCAAGCGGACACGGACUUCUACCAGCAGUACGGGCCGGGCAGCACGUGGCAGGCGGAGCAGGUGUUGCAGGCCGGGGAACUGCUUUUCCGCCCCAGGGAAGGGGCUGAGGGCCAGCCCGCCCUGGCAGAGCCCCCUCCACCCACUGUGGCUGAAUGAAGGGAGUGGAGGUGCGGGCGACCACGGCAGACACUCCCCUCUCCUGACUAUUUAAAAAUGGACGGAGCACCCCGGAUCCCUAGAGAAUAAAUUGGAUUAUUUUCUAAAACUCCCGGAGUUGCUGUGGGCCUGGGCAGGGAAGGGAGGGAUGCUGAGGGAAUGCCCAGUGCCGUUGGCAACAGCCACCCAGAAGUGCCAAGUGAGGGAUGAACGUGGGCAAUGAUGGCGAGGGCUUUGGGCCAGGUACAAGAGGGCACGCACCUCUGGCCUCCCUCUGGAGGGGGUGACCCACCCUGGAGAUGGCUCCUCCCCGCCCUGCCCUUUCUCCGCUCCCUAUGAGGCUGCCUGGACCCUGCCCGUCUCCCAUCCGGGUUGUGGGACUUGGUGGCCGCUUCCUCUAAGCCCAGGGCUGCCGUGGAGCUCAGAGGCCGGCCCGAAGGCCUUCCUUCUCCAGCACACGCGGGCAGGCUCGCGGCCUCUGCUCACAGACCUUCAGGGAGGGACAGACCACUAAUAAAUAGCGUCUGAGCACUUACAGAG